UAUUGGCUGGGCCCUCUCUGGUCGCCGGGUUCCUCCGCUCGUACAGCGUCUAAUGGUGGCCGGGCCGGGGCGGGCGGCUGAGGCGCUACGGCCCCGCCCGGAGACCGCCGCCUCCCCGCCAUGGCCCCCGGCUGGCUCGGCCGCCUCUGCCUCCUGCUGCUCUGCCUCUGCGGGGAGGCCGCCGCCGGGAGGGACUUCUACAAGAUCCUGGGGGUGUCCCGCGGCGCCUCCAUCAAGGACAUCAAGAAGGCCUACCGGAAACUGGCGCUGCAGCUCCAUCCCGACAGGAACCCCGACGACCCCCGGGCGCAGGAGAAGUUUCAAGACCUGGGAGCUGCCUAUGAGGUGCUGUCGGAUGAGGAGAAGAGGAAGCAGUACGAUGCGUACGGUGAGGAGGGACUGAAGGAUGGGCACCAGAGCUCCCAUGGAGACAUCUUCUCACACUUCUUUGGGGACUUUGGAUUCAUGUUUGGAGGUAACCCUCGCCAACAAGACAGGAACAUUCCCCGAGGAAGCGACAUCAUCGUGGACCUGGAGGUUACACUGGAGGAGGUGUAUUCAGGAAACUUCGUAGAAGUUGUCAGGAACAAGCCAGUGGCGAGACAGGCACCUGGCAAACGGAAAUGCAAUUGCCGGCAGGAGAUGAGGACCACCCAGUUGGGUCCUGGCCGUUUCCAGAUGACUCAAGAGGUGGUUUGUGAUGAAUGUCCCAACGUCAAGCUUGUGAACGAGGAGCGGACGCUGGAGGUGGAGAUCGAGCCAGGCGUGAGGGAUGGUAUGGAGUAUCCCUUCAUUGGUGAAGGUGAACCCCAUGUUGAUGGGGAGCCAGGUGAUUUGCGCUUCCGAAUAAAAGUUCUGAAGCACCCAGUUUUUGAGAGAAGGGGAGAUGACUUGUAUACAAAUGUGACAAUCUCGCUGGUCGAGGCACUUACAGGCUUUGAAAUGGAUAUCGCCCACUUGGAUGGGCACAAGGUUCACGUUGCUCGGGAUAAAAUCACAAAACCCGGGGCCAAACUCUGGAAGAAAGGAGAAGGUCUUCCAAAUUUUGAUAACAAUAAUAUCAAAGGCUCACUAAUAAUAACAUUCGAUGUGGAGUUCCCCAAAGAGCAACUGACAAACGAGCAGCGGGAAGGUCUCAAACAGCUGUUGAAACAAGGAUCAGUGCAGAAGGUGUACAAUGGAUUGCAGGGAUAUUGAUGUCUGGAGGAAAAAAAAAACAAAAAAGCUGGGACUUAACCGAAAAGGCAAAGUCAGAUUUGUUUGCGGUUUUUUUCUCCUGCCCGCUGGAGAAUGGAAAAGAGGGAGGGUGGGGCAAUUGUUGAGGUAUAUAUAAUUAUUUUUUUUUUCCUUUGUAAAAUUGUGGAAGUGCUCAGAUGAGUUGGGGGGGAAAAUACUACCCUUUUCAGGACAUACCUGGUGCUGCCUAUCACGUUCCACGUCCGGGAACAACGAAGAGACUCCUUGAGCAGGAAAAAGGAAGAAAAGAAAAAAAAAAAGUUGGGGAAAGGAGUUUUAAAUUCCACCCAGAUUGGAAUUUCUGGUUUUUAAAUAUAUUUUGAUGUGACUUUUCUCGACCAUCUCAACAUA